GUAGUUAUUCGAACAUUGUUUAGGCAGAUUAAAAGCCGCUCCAUUUCCAUUUUCCGGCAACGUUUUGCUUGCGAUGGAAAGUCGAUUAAACCGUUAUGAAAAGAUUGAGUUCCUAGGAGAGGGUCAGUUUGCCACCGUCUACAAGGCUCGUGACAUUGAGACAAACGAAAUUGUUGCAGUUAAAAAGAUUAAGAUCGGUAAUCGCGAGGAAGCCGCGGAUGGUAUCAACCGAACAGCAUUGAGGGAGAUUAAGUUGCUGCACGAGCUGCAUCAUGAGAACAUUAUUGGCCUGCUGGAUGUCUUCGGCCACAAAAGUAACGUUUCUUUGGUGUUUGAUUUUAUGGAUACAGAUCUGGAGAUUAUUAUUAAAGAUCCGAAAAUUGUGCUAACACCGGCCAACAUUAAAAACUACACCAUUCAAACGUUACGAGGGCUGGAGUAUUUGCACAUGCAUUGGAUAUUGCAUCGGGACUUGAAGCCAAACAAUUUGCUGAUCAGUGGAAAUGGAAUUCUAAAAAUAGGUGAUUUUGGUUUGGCCAAAUUUUUCGGUUCGCCAAAUCGACUGAAUACCAAUCAGGUCGUAACUCGCUGGUAUCGAAGUCCAGAGUUGCUGUUCGGUGCCCGACAGUAUUCUACCGGUGUGGAUAUCUGGGCGGUCGGUUGCAUUUUAGCCGAACUACUGCUCCGGGUUCCAUUUCUUCCCGGUGAAAGCGACCUCGACCAGCUGACCCGAAUCUUCAAAGUAAUGGGGACUCCGACAGAGGAAAAUUGGCCAAACGUCAAAUCGUUACCCGAUUAUGUGCAGUACAAAUUCGUUCCGCCGAUUCCGUUGCGGGAUAUUUUCACUGCCGCGGCCGAUGAUCUGCUGGAUCUGACUCACAAGAUGCUCGCCCUGUAUCCGCCCGCUCGGUGUACCUGCACGGAAGCACUAAAAAUGCCGUACUUUUCCAAUAAACCAGCUCCUUCGGUGGGUAGUAAAUUGCCGAUGCCAGCCAGCUACUACGCCGGCAGUAAGGACAAAGACGACAAGCCGUCUGGCUUGAAGCGGAAGCUUCCGGAAACGGUAGACGGUGCGACGCUGCCGAAACGGUUGCAGUUCUAAAAAUGGUGAACGUAUUUAUAUGAAUUUUUGGUUGUUUUGUAUCUUAUACCCGCUUUAUAAAGCUCGAAAUAUAGUUCAAAGUAAAUUGGUAUCUUUAUAUGUGA